AUGACCAGUACAAGUAAAACCAAAUUUCAAAAAGGCGAUGACCAACAUACAAUGUCGUUUAAAGAUAUUCGUCGUAAAUACCAACGCAAAUUUAAAGACCUUCAGCGUGAAUGUGUUCUUGGCUUUAAUGAAUUUCAAAGUCAAUAUACUAUUAAAUUUGAGGAACUUUGGGAUGAUUACAGUUUUGAAUUUAAAAAAUUGCACAGUGAAUAUAUGCGUAGUCAAGAAGAUACACCAGAUUCAGCUCCUCUUCGUUCAAAUAUGUAUCCAUUGUCAUCAAGUUCUUCAGGAAAACAUCAGGAUAUAUACCAAAUUCUAACUGAAGUCCCAUCUAUUAUGGAGCCUGCUCAAAUGUCUAUUUCAAAAGAACAGAUUAACCAACGAUAUGAUGGCUCCGAAAUUAUCAAACAAAUAGAUCAGGGAAAUACGCAAAUGGGUAUCCCUAACAUGAGACAGAAUAUAAACCAAUUUUUGAAUGAUAGUCCAUUUGGUCCUGGGAUUACACAAACACUUACUUCCGAAACAAAUAUUACCAGCGGAUAUAAUAACCCGCAGUAUAAUAGUCCUUCUGUUAGAAUGACUCAACAACUUGUUCAAGAAACAUAUACUACAAAUGAACAGACUAACCAACACCACGAUAGCUCCAAAAUUAUAAAACAAAUUGAUCAAGGAAAUACGCAAAUGAGCGACCCUAACUCGAGAAUCCUUGAAAGUGAUAUGAACGAAGCUGCUUACUUAAACCAAUUUGGAGCAAACUUCAUAUAUCUAUCAUCAGGAACAUCUCCAAGCUACCCGCCAUCGAUUGCCAGCUUAGCUCCCUACGCGAAUUUUUUUGACUAUUCUGGAGAUGACCAUGACCAGGAGAAUAGCACAAGACGUCAAUCUAUCAAUAUGCAUGCUGCCAACACGAAUAAUGAAUCUACCUAA